AUGGCCGAACCAGAGACUGCCUGGCGUUUACUGCAGAGGCGUCAAGGCCAGAUUGAUGAGCUACGGAUUACUCAAGAGCAGAAGGAUUUGGAGCAUACGGGCGAGACUAUGCGCCUACGUGAGCAGCUAGCUGCUUUGGAAGACCGAAUGGCCCCUGCCGGACCUGACAUGGAGGAGGAAUACGCUCGCUUGCGUACGGAACUCGACGAUACCCGCAAGGAGAUAGCUACCCUACGUGGUGAACGUGACAGCCUAAUGACCGUGAUGCGCCUGAUGGGCCUAUCCGUUGCCAACCCGAACCAGAUGACCGAUGAUCGAGGAUCCCCUGCACCAUCCCAGACCGGAAGCAAGAGGUCGACAAAGAUGCCCGACCCCCCGAUGUUUAGUGACGGCAAGAAUGUGAAGUUCAAGGACUGGAAGACCGAGAUGAAGCGAAAGCUUCUACUGAACGAAGACUAUUAUCCGACUGCCGCCCAUCAGCUCGCGUAUGUGAACAGCCGAUGUGAAGGAAAGGCUCUAAGACACAUCAAACCUCGGAUGCAGGAAGAUGCAACCGCUACCUAUCAGACCGUCCAGGACGUCUUUGACCACUUGCAAAGUGUGUUCCACGAUCCGAAUCAUCAGCAGGUAGCUCGUGAUGAGUACCUCACUCUCAAGAUGGACCCAAAGCAGGAUUUCGGUGACUUCCUUGCAGAAUUUACUUACCUGGCAGAGGAAUCCGACCAGCCAGCAGAUCUCCGCAAGCGUGACCUUUACCGCAAGUUGCCAGCUCUGCUCCAAAACCAGGUGAUGAUUGAUGCAGGCCAAAGCUCUGUUUCCCUUGACGAAUUCGUACAGAAGUGUCAGAUCGCUUCCCGUUUGAUUUCCCAGCAGAUCGCGAACCGUGCCGAGAACCGCAACAAGAACAACCGAACUGGAGGAAACGCUUCUAACCAUCCAAACGCGAACUCGAACUCCCAGGACCGGAAGCCCACGAACCACCUCGACGACAAGGAGAAAGCUGCUUUGCUGAAAGAGGGCCGUUGCUUCGUCUGCCGUGAACAGGGUCAUAUCUCUCGUAACUGUCCAACCAAGAACCAGACUACGAACGCCGCCGCAACCUCCAACCAGGAAAGCAAGACAAAGGGCAGUAAGAAACAGGGAGGGGACAGACAGGAUGUGAUGGAAUGA